AUGACUUCGACCACGAACCGCGACCUCUGUCGCUUCUUCUACGCGGCGACAACUGACCACUACUACGCCUGCAACUACUGCGGCACGCGCCGCAAGCAGCUUCCCUCAAGUGGCUACGCCAACCUGCUCAGCCAUCUCAAGGACAAGCCCCCCAACUACGUCGAGGACUUCGUAGCCCAUCAGCUCAGCCAGGCUGGAUCUCUCUCCGCCUUUGGUUUUGUCAACCCGACGGCAGCCAACAUGUACUGCUGGAUGGCGUGGGUCGUCGACCGCAACAUGCCCCUCAGCGAGGGCAUGAUCGGUGUCGACAUGCGAGGGGUGUGCGGCGCCAUGUACGACGGUUGGACGUGCAACUUCGAGCACUAUGUUGCUCUAUUUGGCGUGUUCUGCAAGAACGGGAAACUUGAGCAACCGCUCCUUGCUAUUGCACCAAUGGGAGAGGGCGAUCUGACGGCUCCAGCGCAUUGCGCAUUCAUCACGCGCGUGUUCGAGAAAUACAACCAAUCACUGGAGAGCUUGGCGUUUUGA